AUGCCAAUUUGUUCAUAUCUAUCUAUCUAUCUAUCUAUGCCAAUUUGUUCAUAUCUAUCUAUCUAUCUAUCUAUCUAUCUAUCUAUGCCAAUUUGUUCAUAUCUAUCUAUCUAUCUAUCUAUCUAUCUAUCUAUGCCAAUUUGUUCAUAUCUAUCUAUCUAUCUAUCUAUCUAUGCCAAUUUGUUCAUAUGCCAAUUUGUUAUCUAUCUAUCUAUCUAUCUAUGCCAAUUUGUUAUCAUAUCUAUCUUUAUAUCUAUCUAUCUUUAUGCCAAUUUGUCGCAGACAUUAUCUAUCUAUCUAUUUAUCUAUCUAUCUAUCUCUAAUCUAUCUAUCUAUCUAUCUAUUGAUCUCAAUUUGUACAACAAUAUCUAUAUCUAUCUAUCUAUCUAUCUAUCUAUCUAUCUAUCUAUCUAUCUAUGCUUUUUAAUUUUUUUUAUCGCAGUCCCGAUCUAUCUAUCUAUCUAUCUAUCUAUCUAUCUAUCUAUCUAUCUAUCUAUCUAUCUAUCUAUUAUGCCAAUUUGUUCAUUAUCUAUCUAUCUAUCUAUCUAUCUAUGCCAAUUUGUUCAUUAUCUAUCUAUCUAUCUAUCUAUCUAUCUAUCUAUCUAUCUAUCUCCAAUUUGA